CGAGCCCGUGUGGCUUGGUCUUCACCACAGACCCGGCACCGAUAGGGGCGGCGCCAUUAAGGCCACGCCUCCCGCGCUGAUUCCCGGUGACUCUGGAGCGAUGUCCUAGGCUAGGCGCUGAGGAGGCGGAGACUCAGGGCUGUUUUCUCAGAGGUUAGGGACGGACCCGCCCCGUCAGCCUCUUCGAUUCUUCCGGUUUCUGGUGGCUGCGCCGUCUCCCUCCGAAGCCUGAGGAUACGCCCUCUCGAGAGCCCGCCGUCGCUCUCCUUUCAGCUUCUAACCCCUCUGAGCUGCUACGGGGCAUCCAUCCCUACAUCCUCUCGCUCUGGUUCUCGCCACUUGGAGGACCUCGGCCCCGACACUGCCCCCUUUCCUGGAUGUACUGGUCCCUCCCACUCCUCUAAAAUGUCCAAUAACCUACAGAGGGUCUUCCUGAAACCUACAGAGGAAAAGUCAGGCAACGCCUCGCACUGUGUUUCAGGCUGCAUGUACCAAGUAGUUCAGACGAUUGGCUCGGAUGGAAAAAAUCUUCUGCAAUUACUUCCAAUUCCUAAUUCCUCUGGAAAUCUUAUACCACUAGUUCAAUCUACAGUCAUGUCUGAUGCUUUGAAAGGGAAUACAGGAAAUCCAGUUCAAGUUACUUUUCAGACUCAGAUUUCCAGCUCCUCCACAAGUGCAUCAGUUCAAAUGCCCAUUUUUCAGCCAGCCAGUUCUUCAAACUAUUUUCUUACAAGAACAGUAGACACAGCAGAAAAAGUUAGAGUUACUUCUGUGGGAACUGAAAAUUUUACCUCAUCAGUUUCUAAAGUUCAGAGUCAUGGUGUGAAAAUUGAUGGACUCACCAUGCAAACGUUUGCUGUUUCUCCCUCCUCAACACAAAAUGAUUCAUCUUAUAUUUUAGUAAAUACCCAGAGUCUUCCAAUGACUGUGAAGUCUCCGGUUUUGCCUUCUGGGCAUCAUUUACAGAUUCCAGCCCAUGCUGAAGUGAAAUCUGUACCAGCGUCUUCAUUGCCUCCUUCAGUUCAGCAAAAGAUACUUGCAACUGCAACCACAAGUACCUCAGGAACAGUUGAGGCCUCCCAAAUACCAACUGUUAUUUAUGUAUCUCCUGUAAAUACAGUGAAAAAUGUAGUUACCAAGAACUUUCAAAACAUUUACCCAAAACCUGUUACAGAAAUAGCAAAGCCAAUGAUACUAAAUACCACACAGAUUCCAAUGAAUGUUGCUAAAGAGACACAAUUAAAAGGUGGUCAGCAUUCUCAAGCUGCUCCAGUGAAAUGGAUUUUUCAAGAAAAUCUACAGCCUUGCACUCCAUCUCUUGUUCCUGUUAAAUCUUCAAAUAAUGUGGCUUCAAAGAUUUUAAAAACUUUUGUAGAUAGGAAAAGUUUGGGAGAUGAUACUGUAAAUAUGCCACCAUUGAGUACCAUCAGUCCUAGUGGGACACAAUCCAAAAGUAUGCCUAUUAAAGAUAAUGCUUUGGUUAUGUUUAAUGGGAAAGUCUAUCUGUUGGCUAAAAGGGGGACAGAUGUUUUGCCAUCACAAAUUGACCAAGAGAAUUCUGUUUCUCCUGAUAUUCCACCAAGAAAAGAUACAUCACAGAUAGUAAGUUCAAGUCCAGUCACAGAAAUAUCCAGAGAGGUUGUAAAUAUUGUUUUGGCUAAAAGUAAAUCUUCCCAGAUGGAGACAAAAUCACUUUCAAAUACCCAGCUUGCUUCCAUGGCCAAUCUAAGGGCAGAGAAGAAUAAGAAAGUGGAGAAACCAUCUCUUUCUACCCCAAACCCACAUAGUAUGAAUCAAUCCAUUAACUACUUAAAGCAGAGUAAGACUUUAUUCUCAAAGCCAGACUUUCCAGAUGGAUUUAGUACAGGACAAAAUUCCCCCAGAAAAGGAAAUAUCAUCCACAGCAUAGAGAAAAUAAGUUCCUCUGUUGAUGCAACAACUGUUACUUCACAACAGUGUGUUUUCAGAGACCAAGAACCAAAGAUCCAGAAUGAGAUGGCAUCAACAUUAGAAAAAGUUACUCAAGAAAGAAAUGACAAGAACAAUUCCCAAGGAAGAAGCAAUAAGGCAUCAUAUCUGAACAAUGAUGCUGAACUUAGAAAGAUAUUUGGUCUCACUAAAGAUUUGAGCGUGUGCCUUACUCGGAUUCCUCACCAUUUGGGCUCUGGAGGAGGUUUUGAUUCCUUUAGCUGUUUGGUGAAAAGUGAUACUUACAAAGAGACAGAGUUUAUAGUGAAGGAGGAAGGGAGAAAACAGGGUUUUGAUAAGAAAAGAAAAGCAAAAACCAAUAAGAAGAUGGAUCACGCAAAGAAGAGAAGAACCGAGAGUGUUUAUAACACAACUGUAAAUGGAGGAACUAAUGUCACCAGUUCCCAAGUCGUUAACAGUGUUUUACCGACUUCAAAUGUAUCACACCAUAACAUUCUCAGAGGCCGCAACAAAACUAGGGAAGAAAAGAGAUCUGAGGUAAAACACUGUAUCCAUGGGAACCAAGAGAAAGACACACUGAGUUCAAAUACAGCUUUUGAGCCAAGCCAUUCCUUCAAUAAAAAUUAUACCGAAGAUAUUUUCUCCAUGACACCACCAGAGUUAGAAGAAACCAUUAGAGAUGAAAAAAUAAGAAGACUUAAGCAGGUGCUGAGAGAAAAAGAAGCAGCUCUUGAAGAAAUGCGUAAGAAGAUGAACCAAAAAUAAUAAAAUGUUGCUAUACGUAAAGACCAGUGAAAUAACUGUUUUUUCAUAUACUUUUGCAUUAAGUUAAUUAUAGAUGCAUUCUGAAAGUGUCUUUGCAUAUGAAACUUCUCUUUUCAUCAGUUAUAAAAUUUUAUUUAAGAAAUACAGAAAAGGUUGAUUAUGUGAUUUUUGUGAAUAAUCUCAUGGGGUAUCUGAAUCUUUGUCUAGAUACCUUAUUUUGGAAGGAAAAGUUUUCUAUUUUUCUAUUACUUUAACUUGAAUUCCCCCAGUUUGAAUAUUUGUUAUUGUUUGUACAUUUAGCUAAAUUGCUGAGAUGUUAUUCCAACAAUAGGUAAUUAUUGUGUACUUUUUAAAUUAUACAGUCCAACAGAGGAAAUCAGCUCUAAACUUAGCUUUUCCAAUGGGCUUGUAUAUCUAUAUGUCUCUUUACCCAUAAAAUGAUACAUUCUGGGCUUCCCUGGUGGCGCAGUGGUUGAGAGUCCGCCUGCUGAUGCAGGGGACACUGGUUCGUGCCCUGGUCCAGGAAGAUCCCACAUGCCACGGAGCGGCUGGGCCCGUGAGCCAUGGCCGCUGAGCCUGCGCGUCUGGAGUCUGUGCGCUGCAACGGGAGAGGCCCGCGUACCGAAAGAAAAAAAAGCCCCCAAAAACCUUUGCGAUAAAAUGAUACAUUCUACUCACCAUUGUUGCAAGUUUUUAAAAAAUUUCAUGAAAGAAAAUGUAUUAUAGCAGCAUUAUUUAAAAAUUCAAACAUUUCUCAAGAGUGAGGGACGUUUGUUUUGUAACCUUUACAAAGUAGUUUCAUAUGAUACAAAAUGGGUUUUAGAGUUCAGGCUAUAUAGUGUAUUGUUUGCUUAAAGUGAUAUGUUAUUAUUCCUAGGCAAAUGCUUCCUUUUUUGGUGGGGGGGAAUAUGUACAUAUGUGACUUGGAUUGUGUGAAAAAUAAAUAUGAACAUGGCCACAUUUAAUACUUUUUAAAAUGGUAAAGUGUAGUUUUUCAUAAUAGAGGCAGACAUUUUCCUAUCUGGUUAUCUUUGAUUUGGCAAGUUGGAGAAUGGUGUAGAGAUGGGGAUUAAGGGGGAGGAAAAGGUUAUUUUUUUUAAUGAUUAACAAAUUCCUGGAAGUAGGGUCAAAUAAAACCUGGACAUUGGCAACAAAUUAGGAAACAGAAAAUACUGAGAGGGCGUAGAACAAAUGCAAACUGAGCAUCAGCUAGAUUCUCUUGCCUUUUUGGGUUUUUGUAACAGCUUUAUUAAGAUAAUUUGUAUAUCAUAAAGUUCACCCUUUUGAAGUGUACAACUCAGUGGUGGUUAUAUUCACAGAGUUGUGCAACCAUCAACAUGAUCUAAUUUUAGAACAUUUUCAUUACCCCCCAAAAACCUCAUACCCAUUAGCAGUCACUCCCCAGACUCUCCUUUCCCCAGCCCUUGGCAACCAGCAACACUUUCUGUCUCUAUAAAUUUGCCUGUUUGGGAUAUUCAUAUGCAUGGAAUGAAUCACUCCAUAUAUGUCCCUUUGUGACUGGUUUUCACUUAGCUUAAUGUUUUCAAGUUUCAUCUGUGUUGUGGCAUGUAUUAGUACUUAAUUCUUUUUUUAAUUGCUGAGUAAUAUUCCACUGUAUGGAUAUAGCACACGUUAUCAUUCAUUUGUUUAUGGACAUUUGGGUUGUGUACACAUUUGACUACUAGGAUGUUAUGUUGCUGUGUUGCUCUGAAUGUUUGGGUACAUGUUUUGGUGUGGACAUAAUGUUUUCAAGUCUCUUGGGUAUAUACCUAGGAGUGUAAUUGCUGGUCAUACCCUAACUCACUGAGGAACUGCCAAACUAUUCCAGGCAGAUUUUUCUCCCCCUACUCCACCAAAAUGGAUCUUGUUAAGGACACCAGUGACUUCCAUGUUGCUAGAUGCAGUGGUCAAUUGUCAGUCUUAAUUUAUCUAUCAGUGGGAAUAUAAUUUCAUGAAUUAUUACCUCCUUUGAAAAAAUUUUAAACAUUUUAUAAAAGAAGCAGUACAUGUCCAUUGUGGGAGAAUUGAAAAUACAAGCUAAAAUAUUAAAAAUUAAAAAUUCACUUUCCCAUCAAGCUAAAACAUUAAAUUUUGGGGCUAGGAGAUACAUAGUUAAAGGCUAUCAGUAAAUAGAUAUUAUUUGAAGUCAUAGGUCUGGAAAACUUCACUAAGGGAAACAGUAUAAACAGAGAAGAUAAAAUUGUGAGCUCAUGUCAGAGUACAUUUAAAGGUUGGAAAAAGGGCAAUCUCAAAUGAAUUUUGAGGAUUGGAAGAUUAUUGAAUGAAUUGUAUUUAUAAAUCCUUGAAUAGUGCUUGACACAUAGCAAUGUAUCAGUGUUUGUAUCAAUGUUUGUUAAAUAAAAUUCAACUAAA